UUUGCGGCUUCGACUGCGGUGCUCAAGAUUACUACUAUGGACUGCUACGGCUGUGCUCAACGAGUCAAGCAAGCUCUUCGACAAUAUAAAGGGGUUUAUCAGGUGAGCGUGGAUGCCGAUGCGGAAUUGGCGAGUGUAACAGGAACAAUGGACGUGGACUCACUGCCGGCGUACCUCAAGCAUAAGCACCAAAUUAACGCUGAGAUUGUUCAGGUGGAGUCGCCUCAAGUCGUCGUUCUCAGGGCCAAUAUACAUUGUGAAGGCUGUGGUAGGAAGAUAAAGGCACAUAUUAAAAAUCUUGAAGGAGUGCUAGCAGUGAAAGUCGACGCGGAGAGCAAUACCGUGAGAGUUUUAGGGAAUGUGGACCCAGGCAAGCUUGAGGAUCAUGUAAGAGAUAAAGUUCCCGAGGACGUUGAGGUUGUUGGGACGGAGAGUCCACGGAACAAGGAGGCCGCCGCCGCUCUCUCCUGCAAGAGAGGCGGCAGCUUUAGCUGGUUAUUCGGCAAGAAGCCGUUGUCGGCUCCUACUGUGGUGCUGAAGACUAUACUAGACUGCAAGGGCUGUGUCGACAAAGUCAUAAAGAUUCUUCUUGAGCUUUAUGGGGUAAAAAUGAUACAUAUUGAUGCCGAAAAAGGGUUGGUGACCGUUCAAGGGACAGUCAACGCUGAUACACUACAAUUGCAGCUGAAGAAAAAGCUGAAACGUGAGGUUAAGAUUGUUUCAAUGGAGAGUGACGGAGAGGACAACAGUGGCUAUAGAAACGAGGGUGCAAAGGAGAAGCCGAAUGCGGCGAGUAGAAGUGGAAGUUUCAAGAUGGGAGGUGAUGAUAAUGGCGGUGGCAACGAUCGGAGGGGCAUGGAGAGAUCCCAUGGUGGAAGGAAGGAAAGGAAGAAGGAAGAGUUUGGAGGUGGUGAUCGGGCGGGAGGCUUCGGCGGAGAGAAGAAGAAGAACAGGAAGAAGGAGGAGGGGAGUGGUGGCUAUGGCCAUAGGAACGGUGAGGAGGGGAGUGGUGGCUAUGGCCAUAGGAACGGUAAGGAGAGAGAGGAGGAGGGGGGUGGGGGGUGUGGGCAUAGGGAAGGAGGAGAGUUCCUAGAGGCGGCGGAGCGGCAACAACUUGAAGAUCCAGCCAUCAAAUACUGGGUAGGCGAGCUCAAAGACGUCGCUUAUGAUGCUGACGACAUUAUCGGUCACUGCAUGAUUGAAGGUGCUGUUCUUUCGCUAGCCGACCGACCAUCCUCAUCCAGAAGAUUAACGGUACAAAAUAAAGUUGAUAAACUUCAUAACAUCUUUGACUGCUCACACUUAUCCUCUUGCUUCGCAAGCAUUCCGCGUCGUUAUGAGAUUGCAGAAUGCAUUAAAGCUCUUAAUGAUAAACUGGAAGAGAUCUAUAAGGAUAGGUUACAGUUCAAGUUGGAGGAGAGCAGAGAACAAACAAAGCUCCAAACGAUCACGACUGUGAACGCCAGCCAAACUGCCCCCUUGGUAGAUGUUAAUGUGCUGGGAACAGAGAUUGAAGAAGACACAAAAGAGCUGCUGCCCUUGAUAGUUGGAGUGCAGGCGAAGAAAUGUCGCGUCAUUGCACUUACAGGGAUGGGAGGCAUAGGGAAAACAACACUAGCGCAAAAGAUAUACAACAGUAAGAAGAUACAUGUUGACUUCCAAUACAAAGUGUGGAUCUCCGUUUCACACAAUUAUGAUGAGAUGGAACUGUUGCGGCAUGCGAUUAAAAAAGGGACCGAAGGAGAUGGGCCGCUUAUAUUGGGAAGAGCCUUUUUCUUGUUUUGGAUGACGUUUGGAGCGCAGAUGUUUGGAAUGGAAAUAUUCUGUAAAAAGGUUUUUUUGGAUGAAGAGGAAGAGAUUAAAAAGUUGAAAGAUUCUGGACUUCAGAUUGUUAAAAAAUGUUCUGGCCUCCCUCUAGCCAUAGAGGUCAUUGCUGGUCUUCUUGCGGCGAAUAAAAACAGAAGUAGAAGAGAAUGGGAAAGAGUUCUUAACAAUGAUUUGUGGUCCAUUAGAAGCCUUCCCAAACCACUGCACCGUGCACUGUACCGCAGUUAUGACAAGCUUCCAUCUCAUCUCAAACAAUGCUUCCUUUACUGCUCUUUGUUUCCUGAGAAUGCACAUAUCUAUCGUGAUGAUCUGAUUCGAUUAUGGAUCGCCAAAGGCUUUAUAAGAGAGCAAACCGUUUCAUUAAAGGAAGAUAUAGCAGAAGGAUAUUACAAUGAACUGAUUGGGAGAAACCUUCUGCUACCAGUUUAUUCCCGUGACAAUCAUUGUAGAAUGCACAACUUAUUGAGAUCCAUGUCGAUAUUUCUCUCAAAAGAUGAAAUAUUUUCAGCAACGACAAUGGCUGCAACUGCCAUCUCUUCAAGUAUGAAACUUCGAAGACUAUCAAUUGGAACUAGAAAUAAUUUAUUAGCCAUAAAAGAUUUGGUAGUGGAGCAGAAAUAUUUGCGAACUCUACUUACUUUCAAUGGCAUCAAGGUGUUGAAUGAUAAUCAGUUGAUGGGAUUAAAACGAAUUCGUGUGCUGAAAAUUGACAAUCUUGAUGUCGAUAGCAUUCCCAAAUCCAUUGGCGAGCUGAUGUAUUUACGAAAUCUUAAUUUAAAUUCUGCAAAAAUCAGAGAGUUGCCUGAAUCUAUAGGAAGCCUCAUCAACCUCCAGUUCCUAUACCUUCGGGGGUGCACUUUUUUUACGAUGCUUCCUAAAUCCAUCACUAGGCUGCACAAUCUACGCUAUCUUGAUCUUAAAAAAACUCCACUAAUCUCCAUACCAAAGGGCAUUUCAAAGCUAGAGAAGAUUAAUUACAUCAGUGGAUUUGUUGUGGCUGAUCCAAGAGAACCAGAAGACUCCUACAGCAGCUUGGAGAAGCUGAACUCUCUUUACCAGUUGAGAACGCUCAGCAUUUCGAGGAUGGAAAGGGCUAAACAAGGAGCUUCAAGUCUUGGAAAAUUAACUCGCCUCAUUGAACUUCAAUUACUCUACACAGAAGCGGAAAAUCAACCUCUUACAGCAGAAGAGGACAUCACACGCAUAGAAGAUGUCUUGGACAAGCUGUGCCUCCCAAAUGCCUGGAAAGGCUCGUCAUAAGUAAUUUCUUUGGCACUCCUUACCCAAGCUGGAUGAAGUCUCCUUCUUUCGGAGAUCAUCUUACUUGUUUGACAACACUGACCCUAAAGAAUCUUUCUUCAUGCCGUCAACUUCCACCCGUAGGUGAGUUGCCGCAAUUAACUCAUCUAAGCAUACAAAAAGCAGCUUUGGUGAAGAGCAUCGGAGCUGAGUUUCUUGGCGGCGGCACCUAUACAACAACAAGAACAGCCUUCCCCAAUCUCCAAAAGCUUGAAAUAGCCUGCAUGGAAGAACUGAAAGAGUGGAGCUUCAACAAUGAGACGGAAGGACUUGAGCGCGGAAGUGGAAAGGCGCAUAUUUUUCCUCAAUUGAAAAGUUUGUCUAUCCAUUGUUGUCUAAAGCUGAAAGCACUCCCAAAAGGCUUAGAACAGUGCAAGAUUCUCUCCAUAAUUGCCGAUCAAAGCCUUAAUGCAGUAGAAAAUCUCC